AUGUCUCCAGUGUGGUUAUAUGUACCCACUAUGGGUGAUAUCCUUCAGCUCCAUGAAGAGCAUCCGUUCACCGCCAUUACUACGGGAUUGUAUGUUGUUGUAGGGUAUCUCGCUAAUCACCACCAAGUAUCGCCAAUCUACUGCGAACAGUCCUUCCAGGAGGCUCAGCCUUGGACUGGUUGGCUUACACAACUUGGGUGGCUGAUUAUCCCCAGCGAGAGGGAUAUUACCCACCUUCAUAAGUUAUUCACAGCAACACCAACUGAUGGCACUCAUAUUAGUGCAAUAACCCCUACAUGCUGUAGAGCUGAUGCCAGAGGUAUCCAUUUGCCUACUUGGCUCCUCCAAGAGUUGUUGGAUGCAUCAAUUCAAUUCUUUUAUGCCCCGUUUCCAGAUGGGUAUCCGCCUCCUGCUGCUGCCCCAGCACAAAAAUUCAUGUAUGAGGCGCCACCUUCCGCCCAUUCAAGUACUCUCGAUAACGCGCUCUCAGAUGUCCUCCUAUUUGACCUCACAGCCACGGAGCUUCAAGAGAUUGAUUGUGGCUAUAACUACUGGGGGUUGUCCACUAUUGGCUCUCUCAAUGGUAUUGACAAUCCUGCCGGGCCCCUUUUGGAUGAUGUGGAUGAGGAUUUCCCCGAGGAGCUAGCCCUCCAGGUUUUUCAUCCUGACCUACAAUGGAGAAGGUCUAAGGGUUGCAUGUGGGAAACCUUGAAUAAAAAGCAACGAGGCACCCUCACCUGUGCAAUGAAGAAGUCGUCUUGGUGGCGGAUUGUGAUGCUCACUAGGGCCAUGUUUAUUGGAGGUUUGUGGGUAGGAGAGCGCCAAAACUCAUUUAGGAUUUCUCAGACUGAAGUUCGACGGAUGGUGACCAAUGACUUUCUCACCACGCUUUGUUUAGUUCACAAGACUUAUGAGGAGAUGCUGGAUCAACCAGUGAAUGCCAAAUUAACCAACGGAAUAACUAUUUCUGCUGGGUGGCUGGAGUUCCAUAUGAACAUACACCUUCUCUUGCUUUCACUUUCUCCUUACUGA